AUGGAGGAGGGGACCAAGACCAAGAAGACAGUGUUCGUGGGCGGCAUCGGCGACGAUGUCGACGAGGCCGUGCUCAUCGAGACGUUCUCAACAUUUGGAGACAUCAUAGAGGUGCAGAUACCACCAGCACCCACAAACCCAUCGCAGCCGAAUGAGAUCAAGCACCGAGGCUUUGCCUUCGUCACAUUCUCUUCUUCGGCUGAUGCACAGGAUGCUAUUGACAACAUGGACUUGAACGAGCUUAAGGGCCGCGUAUUGAAGGUCAACCUUGCUCGACACGUGAAAGCGCCGCUACAAGGCGCAGGGAACAGAGCGAUCUGGGAGUCGGAGGAAUGGCUUCAAGAAUAUGCCAAGCCUCUCAACCGCAGUGGUGGGGCCACAUUACGCGCACAAGCAAGAGAAGGCUUCAAUGGUGCAGAAGGCGGAGAGACUGCAGACGGAGACGACAAGGAGCAGGAUGGCGAGAACGCUAUGCAAGAAUAA